AAACUUGUCUCUACUUAUUUAUCUUCAGAUAAUUCCAUAUCUGACAAGCUGAAACAAGAACCCAAUGACUGGCCACAAGCAUUGUUGGCAAUCGGCACAUUUGGAAAUAAUAGAUUGAAGGAAGAACCUCAGAAGGAUGACCAUCCUCAGAACCUCCAUUGCUCUGAUGAUUUAACUGAUUUCACAGUUGAAGAGGUUAAUAAACUACAACAAGAACUAACAAAGUUACUCAUACACAAGUCAAAGUCCAGGUCUAGUACGGGAGCAGGGAUAGUUGAAGAAGGUAGAGUAAACCCGCCAUUGAACAGGUUCCGAAAUUGGCCAUCAAGCUUGGAAGUUGACAGAACUGCUAGUGCCAAAUUUGAAUCAUUGGAGGAUGAAAGCAAUGGGGACCUCUCACCUAACACUACGAUCGUACUACCCAAAUUGAAAAAUAUGUUGUUGGGCGACCACAAUGUGAAGAAGAAAAAACCCAUUUCAUUCCUUCUCAAGAAGAUUUUUGUGCGUGGCAAUGACUUCACACCAGCUCCAAGAAGAAAAAACCCAUUUCAUGCUUGAUUCCUUUCAGAAAAACUAUUGCGUUCUACAAUUGUAAAUAGAUUCAAAAAUUAGCCGAUCUUUUGUUUGUGCAGUUUACAAUGCGUGCCAAGCCUGGACCUUCAAAUGCAAUAGACAUUAAUUAUAAAAGAAUACAAGGGGUGGAAGUGAGGGGUUGUGGACAAAUGUAGAUCAGAUGAUCUUCAAACAUUGUAGCGCCUCUUAUAAACUAGAAAAAGUUGGAUGA